UUUUUGGGGUCUGGGGGGGAAACCGGAGUGCCCGGAGAAAACCCACGCAGGGACGAGGAGAAGAUGCAAACACCAUACAGGGAGGGCUGGGUUCGAACCCGGUCCUCAGAACUAUGAGGCCAACGCUUUCCAGCUGAGCCCCCGUUCCCCCAUUGUCCAUCUAGUUAAACCAAACAAUUUCUUUACAUUUCAUAGAACUAUUUCAUAGCUGAAUGUUUUUUUUGUUUUUUUUUUUAAUAAACUGUGUGUCCUCACAGAACAAAUUCAUCUCAAGGCACCACUAUACGUAGCAGGUGGGGGUCCGGUCUCACUUUUCAGACCCACGUAGGCUUGGUGUGUCUCUGGCUAAAGUACUUUUUCCCACCUCCGAUGGACUCUCUGAUUUUACUUGGGAUAAAGAUGUGAUUGUUUCGGGUGGCGAUGUCUCGGUCCAAACUCCUCAAUGUGAUGAGAUGCACAGUGUCAGGGUGAGCGGUCACGUUAGGGCCAGAGAUCCAAAGAAGGAAGGACCCAGUUUGACUCUGGAAUUGAAGCUGGCACAACAUGUGUUAAGGUCAGUGACCAUCUGCAGACCUGGAUAAUCCUCUUUAUCAGAUUAGCAACACACAGGCGACACUCAGAGGAAGACCCCAUUUGUGUUCUGCUGCUUCUGACGAGUCGCUUCCAACAUGGAAAGAUUUUUUUUCAACUGGAGGUUUUCAUUGCAGCGAAAUGAAAAAUGUCAGGCGCGAGCUAGAUUUUUGUUGUGAAGGAAGAAGUUUUCCACACUGUCAGCGAGCCAGCGGCGCCAUUCUUUAUACAGCAAUUUGGGGUUCUUAACAGAAUGAUUUCAUACGUGGAGUGUUUGGGUGGAGACGGGGCAGGGAACGGCGUAGCGUCCCACUGUUGGAAUUCGGAACCGGAUGAUGAGCAAGACCAGCUUCUUCCUCGCAAGAUCACCCCACUUCAGCCCAAGACUGAGGGCAGCCUUCGGCGACGCCUGCUGACGGCCAAAAUCCACCAGCACCAUGAAGCCAUUUGGGGGAAAAACGCAGGGAUGGCUGGGUGGCCACCCCGUGGUGACAAAAUCCACCUCCCAUCCCAUCUGCAAUAUCCCAGCGCCUUGUACGGCCAGCGCUGCUCACCGCAAGAUCGAACCCACGCGAGCACGUCUUCACCGUUAAUUACCGCCGAAGUUCCUAGGAAGCAACCCGUGCAGUCCCAUCAGAGUACCCGACCGGCCCUCAUCCAGUGGCGACGUACCAGCACCUGCCCUCCGACCCCGGAGCCUCGCCCCGGUUACACCCCUCCAGAUACCCCACCUCUGAAAGCUUCAGAGUACAGCUACCAGCCCAGCGUCAGACGCAAAAACAGAAUCUUCCGCUUCAAAACGCAGCAACGGAAGGAGACUACGCCCCUUCUGCAUAAAGCAAAAGACGGCGAGCGCUGGUCCGUUCACUACACUUCGCGGGAGCAUCAACAGGGGGUGCUCUUCGUCCCUGCGGAAAAAGCCCACACCAACGCUCGGGACUUCCAAGCAAAUAUUGGGUUGACUCAGCAUGGAGACAGCAAAGCUAGCAGCUCUCUGCUUGAAACCCCGUGCCCCGCCUCCGGCGGAUCCUCUGGACUCCACCAAUCAGAGGGCAGGGUUCACAGGCGAUGGAGAGACAAAAGCAGGAGGAUGUCCUCAGUCUCUUCAGAUGAAGAGGAAUCGGCCAUCCUCCACGACAAGCGUCCUCUGACGCCACUUGUCCUCAACCCUAUCGAUCUCAACUCCUGUUGGGACGUCUUUGCACGUGAGACGGAGCUUGGUGUGAAGGCAGAGCUGAUCCCCCGACUCCCGACUCCAGAAGAGAGGAUGAGGCAGCAGGCGAAUGCGGUGACAGCUGAAAUCGUUCCUAUCAACAUAACAGGUCAGAGCUUCGAUCGCCAGGCCAGCUUCCGAAAAGUGCCUUGCAACACAGACCCCUCAUCGCGUCGCCCUCGGAAUCCGAGCCACCGCAUUCCAGUCACUGGGAACCCUGCUGAUGUCACUGAUAACCUUGAGUUAAGCGACCGCCAACCACUUUGCAGCCGUGAGAGCUCAUCAGAUUCGCUUGUGGAUAACCUGUCCAAACGCUCCCUACUUGGCCAACAAGAACAGGAGGAGUUGGUCAGGAAGAAGAGAGAGUGGUUGGGGAGGAAGAUUCGAGCCCCAAGAGGGGAGGGGAUAGCCAGCCUCAUGAUGUCCCUCACCUCAGCACACAUUGAUGGCCUCUCAUGGCCCUCUGACGUCCGCAGCCUGCCCCGCAUGGGCACCAGUUCCUCCUCUCUGGACUCAGACAUCAGUUGGAACAACAUCUCCUACAGGACACUCAGCACCCGUUCAUCCUGUUCCCAGGAUUUCUUCAGUGACCUUCAGCCCCUAUUACAAUGUGAACAACGAAAAAAGGUCACACCUCAGAGUCCUUCCCCAGUUCAUCUCAGCAUUCCCGCCUGUGCUUCUGAUCAUGGUGGCCAGUGUCAAAACUGCGACCAUCGCCACUCCACUUCCGUCUCCAUUGCAAAAGCAGAGUCUCAGGAUGGUGGGCCAACCGUCUCAAGCUACGAAAGCCGUUGGCCAUUCGAGCCCCCCUAUCCAAGAAGCCCAAUUGGUGGUGACUGGACCAUCAACCAAGGGACAAAUCCUGUUUCCCUGGUUCCUCCUGGUGGCUCCCCCCCUUGUAACUUGGACUCGGUUUACCCAGAGAACGUGACAUUGUCUUCCUCACAGUGCCGAAAUAGAUCGUACAGCACCGUGUCCUCCUAUCGCAGCAUCUCCCUCCGCAAAUCCAAGCAUCCCCCUCCACCACCUUUACGGUCCGAUUCCCUCCAACGCCGAAUAGGCCGCAGCAAGUCAUGUCGUUCAUCACCCAGCCCCGGUUUGGAGCACCAUCCACGCUCAUUAACGCAGACCUUAGAUGAUCCCUGGGUGCCCCGGACCUACACCAAGUCACCCAAGAGUAGGAUCGACUGUGGCACGGUCAAUACCUUUGAACCUUUAAGUGUAGACUGGAAGACACCUUCCUUAGACAAAUUCCCUUUAGACCCUGGCUGCACUCUUGUCCUCAGUCCUAGUUCUCCAGUCUCAAAAGAGGAGGGAUGUCUCGCUUCCCCCUCCAGUGGUUACUCCAGCCAAUCCAAUAGCCCUCCUACGGACACCCCUCCAGGAGCCUGCUCUCUUCCCCAAAACUCCCAUUUCUUUUCAACCGGUGCACCCUCACUCGUCCUGUCUCCCAAAAAGUCAAAAGCCUACCCACCAGAUAGGAGGUCCUCUCUCGUCUCCUCCAUCUCCUCCUCAUUUUCUUCCACCUCUUCCUUGUCAUCCUGCUCCUCCUCCAACUCCUCUGCCCAGCGCAUUCAUCCCCCUGCCUGUUUUCUUCCAUCUCCACCCCCGCCCCCUCCUCUCCCACCUUCUCCUCUUCACACCCCUCUUCCCCGACUGUUCUCUCUUCAUCCCAACCCUCUGCCAGCUUCUUCUCCAUCUUCUUCCCCUCCUGUCCUACCUUAUUCUCGUCAUCUUCAGCCUGGUUCUUUCCAACAGUCAUUUCUUCAUCCUACUCCUCCACCACCUUCUCUCCCUCCUCCCCCUCCUCUUCCACCUUCUCUUGUUCCUCCUCCCCCUCCUCUCCCACCUUCUCUUGUUCCUUCUCCCCCUCCUCUGCCACCUUCUCUUCCUCCUCACCCCCAUCAUCUCGCAAUUUCUUCUCAUCAUCCUCCCACCACUCCUCUGUCAUCUUCACAUCACCCCACUAAUCCUUCUCUCCUACCUCCAGCCCUUUCUCCUGCCCUAUCACCUUCAUUAAUACAUCGACCUCGCCCAUCUUAUUUGGCCUCUCGACCUCCUCCUCCUCCAUACUCCCAUGCAGUCAAACAGUCCUCCCAUCACACUUUACUGCACACAACAUGUCCCACUGUUACCUCCCCAUCUUCCAAGUUAGACCCCCCACUAGGCCUCGACACACCCUCGAAUGGCAGUGUGAAAGGGUUAAACCUGUUCACCUGCCCCCUUGUCACUGCACAGGCCUUGCAGAGUGUCAAGCUUCGUUCUAUUACAAGCCAAGAACUCCUACCCUCGAACAGCAUGCUAGCCACUGCAAGUCCUUCUGACAGUCAUCGGCCAGAUGUUGCUCUUAGCCUUUAUACCACAAAGCAACAAAAACGUGGAAUAUUGCCCGGGCGUGAGGUGAUGCCCAAGAAUGAAUCUGUUAACGCUCAAAUCUACACUGCGAACCAAGAUGAUCACCGUGUAAAUGGCCCAAUGCAUUCAGGGGAUUCUCAUGCCAGACUGGUGUCUAAGCCAAGACAUAAGGGUUCCUGUGAGAAAAUGUCUGAUGGUACCUCCAGAAAACAGCAGACCCAGACCCAGGUGUCAUCAAAUGCCAAGUUAAGCGAGUCACUAUACGGGUUAGAAAACGAUAACCGUCAUAGAACCAGUGACUUAACACGCCGUCCAUGUGAGGUUGUGAGCUUGAGGAAGAAGCCCACCCUUCCAAAAAAGCCCAGUCUUAGCAUUCAGGGUGUGAGUGCAUCUCCAGACUCCAGGAGGGAGCCAAAAGAGGACCUUGCAAAUCAGAAAUGCAUUGUGGACCCGAUUGGUACCAAAGAAUGUGCAGUUGAAGCCACAGGUAACAUGGAGCAGAGUGACACCUCGUCGACUAAUAAAAGCAGCCCUUCCUCCUUCGAUGGCACAGCCACUGGACCGUGGUCGGGUUUUGACACUUUAACAUGUUGUAGAUCUCUAGCAGUCCAAGUGGGUACUGGGACACCACUCCAGCAAGAAGCUGGCAGACAAGAUGAAAAGCAGAGAAAAACGACCAUGACGUUUGCUACGACCAAAAAGACCAAAACGAGGAAGAGGAGGACAGCAGGAAGACACCUGCUAAUGAUGUCAUCUAGUAGGGUUUCUUCAUCAUCUUCAUCAUCCCCAUCUUCAUCCUCAGAUGAAGAAGUGGAGUCACAGACAAGGGAGCGCAGUUUUUGUGGCCCAAUUGGUCUAAGAAGCUACUCCCUAAGCAGUGUGUUGUCCAAUGAGAACCUACAUGGGGCAGCAUCACUGAGCGAUCUCCUCAUAGAAGAGACCCAGGAAGAAGAGGACCAGGGUGACAAUGGGCGACCUCACGCUGACCUCUACACAGGUGGGUCGGUGGGACCACCAACUGUCGAGGACCUCUUCACUGUCAUCCACAGGUCAAAGCGGAAAAUGUUUGGACGAAGAGAUUCUUCCGGUCUGACCUCGGCCGACCGCCGAGCGACACCGCAAACCUUUGUGACGCCCAAAGGUAAAAGAGAGUCAAAAAGAGACAACUUCAAAGCCCUCCUCCUGAGAAAGGGGAUUCGCUCGCGCCCGACGUCCCGCAUGUCGGCUGUCGAGCGUCUUGGAGUUGUCGUUUCUCCUGCUGCCUGCGGCCAUCGCCGCACCCGUGCCCAAGCCGCAUCCCUUUGGACGGUCAACACUCGUCUCAGUUUUGAUGGGUCUCAAACAUACCUGAAUAUGUCCACCCCCUUGACGACGAGGCAAAAAGGGUUGCCGCUCGUCUCCGUGCCCAUCUUCCUCCCUUCCUCUCUUGCCACGCAACCUCGCAUGCGCACCGCUCACUGGUCAGCGGGUCGUCGUUUGCUUGCUCGCCGUUGCCCCUUUGCCGGCGCCAUGACUGCAAUACAUGAGGACGAAGGAGAAGACGAGUAAGAAAAACAUUCGGGACAUUUGGUUUUCAGGUGAAAGAAAAAAAAACCCUUAUGUAUACUUUCUAAUGUCCCAGAAGACUCAAUCAUAUUUGAUCCUGUUUAUAGAUCUUUUCUCUUUGACGUGAAAUCAAUCUUUGCACUUCAUCAUUAUUUUCUCAAACAUGCUUGAAUGAUUGCUGCUAUAGUGUUAUAUAAUAUAAACAUGUCUAUUCAUAAUAUUUCAUUUUGUACAAGUGAAAAUAGCUGUCUAGGUUUAAUCAUCUGCUGUACUGGAUGUGUAGUCCAUUAGCACAAAAUUAACCAGGGUGGCGCGAUAUUAUUAGCAAUAAAGAUGAAUUUGAAGUUUUAAACAGCAAUAAAUGGGAUAAAUGUAAAAAGCUAUUCUAAUAUUUAUAUAAUUCACCCAUCGAUUUUAUGAGCCGCUUAUCCUCACAAGGAGUGCAGAAUUGUCGGAGGCACUCCGAGCUGUCAUCUGGCAGGAGGCGGGGUACACCCUGAACUGGUUGCCAGCCAAUCGCAGGCCACAUGGAGACAGACAAGAGUCGGACCAAGGGGCAAUUUAGAGCGGCCGGAGAAACCCCACCCAGGAACGGGGAGAACAUGCCACUUUUACACUGGCAAAAGAACAUCAGCAAAUUCCCAUGUGUACAUUUGUCUCCAUGCACAAUUGUCUUUCACGCCCCGAGCCGGCAAUUGUCACCCGUCUUAUGACUGAAAAAUGCCUGGGGGGCAUCCGAGAACCACCCAGAGCUCAAAGAACAAAUGCAAGCAAGCUCACACCAAAAAAAAAAAAAAGUGGACUGGUUUGUUCGGGGUUAUUAAAACAAGUGGACUGGGUUGAAAUAUCAACAUAAAUAAUGAAAGCCCAUGAUUUUCUUUUCAAACUUUCAUUAUUCCCACCUUAUAUUGAUUAUCUCAAUACUUCUGGGAUAAGCAGAAAUCCAGUAAAAAAAAAAAAAAAAAAACUGAUAUAAAAAAAAAAACAUGACUCACUGCUACAUGAACUAAUAACGAAAUAAUGUUUAGUUAGCUUUUUACAAACAGGUGACAAUGAGCUGCGCUUUGCCCAUUGCGUGGUAAAAUACAUAAUUUCCAGUUGUAUGUCAUUUUUGGUGCACAGGAGUCAUGUAUCGCCAGUAGACAGGAAAUACAUAGUAAAACAUCAAAUACUGAUUUGACGCCUCAGUUCAAUUCACUGCGCUACUCCUUUCGUUGUGCAGUAUAAUGCAUACAGACACAAAUAAAGCUACACAACUACUGUCAGUGACUUAGUAAGAUUAUUAGUAUUUUUUGUAGAGACUAACAUGUGCCUGUGAGUCUUGUUAAAGCAAAAAUUGACCAAAUGGUAACUUGUAUCUUGUAAGAUUCAUAGGUCGGCUCAGCCGCAUCUCAAGACACAACUGUAAAUUGAACAAUAUUUGAAACAUGACAUACAGUCAAAACAUAUUAGACUGAAGCUUGUAUCUAUGCAUAAAGAUUGUUUAAACUUUUCUAAAAUCCUGUAUAGUACAUUUUUUUGCUUCUUGUGCACAGUACUUUUCUUUUUAUUUUUGAAUAGAGUUCAAUUAUAUUUAGCUUUUUAGUAUUGUGCAAUAUAUUUACAUUUAAUCUUUAAAAACUGUUUUCACCAUUCAUUAAAGAAUAACUUGUAUUUAACUUAUAUUCCAAACAUUUUAACAGAAUUUUUAAUGCAGUAGAGCUGUGCCCCCGACCCCCACCCCCUAUAUUUAUGUGCAUAAUGUUAAAGUGACUUGUGAUAAUACAGGUAAACUUUUGAAAAUUAAGCCUCUGCCUUUUUUUUGAUUCACACAUGGGUUUACUAUGCUAAAGUAUUUUAAAGGUGCCACAUUUUUUUCUUGUAUUAGGGAUGUAGUAGUGUCUCCAUGUUGUCUCAGUAAACUUUGACAUUUGAAUUAAA